GGUGACGACUUGACUGAAGCGGCGCCCUCUCUAAAAACCCGAUGGGGCCACGAAAGAAGUUCGUUUCCCAAAGCCCCAGCGCUGGGAUGGAUUUUGGGUGCUCCGACGUUAGCGUAUGGAAAGACGCGGUCGGGUCUUACAAUACCCGAAUCAGGUCUAUGGGGAAACCCGAUCUCAUCGGACUCGACGAUUUCUACCGGACAGAACUCCCCCUUCUCCUCCGCAAGAGAGACCCUAGUCCGUACAUCACCCAACCUGAGCUCUACAAGCUCAUGCAGUGGAAGCUCGCACGAGGAAAAUGGCGGCCUCGGCUUUUGGAUUUCAUAUCAUCUUUGGAUGGAACCCAAGUGGAAUCAACCUCUCAUAAGGCUUUUCAAUCUCUUCCCAGCGUUCGGGAAGCUGUUAUUGAACUGUCCACAUUGAAAGGAGUGGGCCCUGCGACAGCAUCUGCUGUUCUUGCUGCUUAUGCACCUGAUAUCGCUCCAUUCAUGUCCGAUGAGGCAAUGGUGGCGGCCCUUGGGAGUUCUAAGGAUUAUUCUUUGAAACAGUAUCUCAUCUUUGCCGAGAAGCUACAAACCAAAGCAAAGCUGGUGGGCCAUUCAUCAUAGAGGAAUUACCAGGUCCAGCACAUCAGCAAAUGUAUAGUUGCUGACAGGCAGGAUCUGUACAUGUGGGCCCCGUUGAUAUAGAAAUUCAUUGGAAUAUUCCUGAAAGGUGAAGCCAGCCUUGAGAUCUCUUACAGCUUAGGAAUUCAGAAAGCCCAAAAUUAGAAGUCCCUCUCACAGGUGCGUAAUGCAAGCUAGUGGCUGUAUGUGGCUUAAAAAGCACAAACAAACUUGAGAAAGUAAAAACAAGUAAUGCAAAAUAAAAAAGAAACAAUAUAUGGUUUUAUAGGUCAUGGUUUUGGCCGGACUCAUACCUUCUUCUUGUUUUAAUGAUCGAGUUGUAAGAAUUCAAUCAUAAUUUUCAUUGAAGCCACUUUGUGCAUAUAGAAAAUGGACAUGGAAUGAAAACCAUGUCCACCUUAGGGUAAUCUGUGAGUUCUGUUUGCAGUGCAGUUUUCCAUGGAUUCAUG